AUGGCUGCCUCAUUUGAGACCCUGUGGCCGGCCUACGAGGCGAAAAUGAAGGCGGACGGUUGCAACGAAGCCGCCAUCAACGCGUUCAAAUACAAUUUCAAGGUGUUGUGCUCAGGCGAGUCCACCAUGAUGCCUGAGGCCUCCCUUGACCCGGUGGCGCCGCUGCCGAAGUAUGACGACUUGGACGUCGCUCUGGAGCCCGAGUUGCUGAAGCAGACGCUUGUCCUGAAGCUGAACGGCGGGCUGGGCACGGGAAUGGGGCUUGAGAAGGCGAAGUCUUUGCUCACCGUUACCGAGGGGAACAGUUUCCUCGACCUUAUCGCCAAGCAGGUGGCGUUCAUGAAGAAGAAGUACUCCCAGCUUGACCUCAAGUUCAUGCUGAUGAAUUCAUUUGCCACGGAGGCUGACACCCAAGCCGCUCUGGCCCCGUACCCAGACCUCGGCAGUGGCGCCGACCUGUCAUUUGUGCAGAACAAGGCCCCCAAGGUCACCAAGGACGGAUACACGCCAGCAAGCUGGCCCGCGUCCCCAGAGAACGAGUGGUGCCCGCCAGGUCACGGCGACCUGUACCCUGCCAUGCUCGGCAGCGGGGCUCUGGACAAACUCUUGUCCAAGGGGCUGAAGUACAUGUUCGUGUCGAAUUCCGACAACCUGGGCGCGACGAUGGACCUCAAGUUGUUAUCUUACUUUAAGAGCACUGGCGCCCCUUUCAUGAUGGAGGUCGCUGACCGCACGGACGCCGACAAGAAGGGCGGCCAUCUCGCAACGAAGAAAUCAGACGGUGGCCUCACGUUGCGCGAGUCUGCGCAGUGCCCGCCGGAGGACGAGAAGGCCUUCCAGGACACUACAAAGUAUGCCUACUUCAACACCAACAACUUGUGGGUGGACCUGGAGAAACUCAAGGCCCUCUUCGAGAAGGCUGGCGGCGCAAUUCCGCUGCCAGUGAUGCUGAACGACAAGACGGUGGACCCGCGCGACAAGAAGUCCACGAAGGUAAUCCAGCUCGAGACCGCAAUGGGCGCAGCCAUCUCCUGUUUCGAAGGCGCUAAAGCGAUCUGCAUCCCGCGGACGCGAUUCGCGCCAGUGAAGAAGUGCGACGACUUGCUGGCGCUGCGGUCCGACGCCUACGUUAUCACAGAGGAUUUCCGCAUCGAGCUCGCGCCCGAACGAGGAGGGAUGCCACCCCUGGUCAAGCUCGACGACCGCUACAAGUUCGUGGACGCCAUGGACACCAUGAUCCCCAACGGGGUGCCCUCGCUCAAGUUCUGCAAGAAGCUGACGAUCGUGGGCGAGAUCGAGUUCGCCGCUGGCGUCAUCGUCAAGGGCGAGGUCAAGAUCCAGAACUCUGGCGAGGGCAAGAAGGUCGUGGCCGCGGGCACGUACGAGGACACUACCGUGGAGCUCUAG